CCCACAUGCAGAGAAUUCCAGUCCUUUCCAACCUCGAAACCCCCAAAGCCACAAUCAAGAAAUGGCAGACUCGAGCGACCAGCAGCUGAGUAGAUGGGUGACGCUGGUGAGCUACGACGGCUUCGAGUUCGUCGUUCUCCGCGAGGCGGCCUGUAUCAGCGGCGCCAUUCGCCGGAUGCUGGAUCCGAAGAGUGGAUUUGUGGAGAGUGUGGAGAAUAGAUGCGUGUUUGAGGAGAUCAGUGGCAUAGUCCUUGAGAAGGUCGCGGAGUACUUUUACUAUAACUACGUCAAUCGGGAUCGGGAUGGGGUGAAGGAUAUGGAUAUUCCUCCGGAGUUGUGCUUGGAGUUGCUUAUGGCGGCGGAUUAUUUGGAUACUUGAAUCUGGCAUUUUUUCUAAUGACCUCAUGUAAUGAUAUACGAUGGGCGGCGGACUGGAGCAUUUGGGAUGGAGGCUGGCGUUCGACAGGUUGCCAUGGCGCAUAUACGUCUAUAAUACAAGUACAAUUUCAAAUUUCUGGUAUGUUUUACGGGGCGAUGAAGUGUACGAGCUUGGUGCUCGAUAUCCAUUUGAGCAUAUGCGUUCUUCUCCACUCUUCCAUGAGCAUGAACGUCUAUAGAUGAUGGAAGAAACAUUACUCCCUCUUAUUCUGUUCUCUUCCAGGCUUGCAGAAAGCCGAGUAUAGAAGAAGAGCCUUAUUCCAGGGGAUACAUUCCUUUCCUUCUGUCUUCUCUACUAUCUUACCUUACAAAUAGAUUCAAUGAACAAUACUUUACACCAUUCGCACAUCUCCUGAUCAUGUGUCUAUUAUCGCCGAAU